UUCGCGGGAAAUAUCUUUGUUGUUGCUGUUGUGUCUUGAUUGAUUUUAUAUUUUUGUUUAAAAUGACGACAGACAUUGAUCAACGACUAAGAGAUAUUCAGAGAGAAUAUCUCGAUUUUCUCGAUGAUGACCAAGAUCAGGGAAUCUAUCAGCAGAAAGUGCGGGACAUGAUAACAAACAAUGAAAUCCGUCUCAUAGUGAACAUCAAUGACCUCCGGAGGAAGAAUCUGAAGCGGUCACAGGCAUUGCUGAAUGACUCGUUCGAAGAGCUGGUGGCGUUACAGCGGGCACUGAAGGAACUGGUCGCGUCUGCAGAUCCAGUUUACUGUAAACAACAUGAAGAUUUCUUUGUUGGCUUCGAAGGAAGUUUUGGAGCAAAGCAUGUCACUCCAAGAUCACUGACAUCUUGUUUCCUUGGUAACAUGGUGUGUGUGGAAGGCAUUGUGACCAAGUGUUCUUUAAUUCGACCCAAAGUUGUUCGCAGUGUUCAUUAUUGUCCAGAAACGAAAAAGACGAUUGAGAGAAAAUACAGUGACAUGACAUCACUAGAAGCAUUUCCGACGUCGGCUGUGUACCCCACAAAGGAUGAAGAUGGUAACUUGUUGGAAACAGAAUACGGCCUGUCCAUCUACAAAGACCAUCAGACAUUUUCUAUACAGGAAAUGCCGGAGAAAGCGCCUCCUGGUCAGCUUCCACGAUCUGUAGAUAUUGUCGCUGAUAACGACCUUGUGGACAAAUGCAAGCCCGGUGACAGAAUUCAGGUGAUCGGUAUGUUUCGGUGUCUGCCUGGCAAGAAAAACGGUUACACAACAGGAACGUUUAGAACAAUCAUGAUAUCAAACAAUAUUCAGCUGCUGAGUAAGGAAAUGGCACCCAUGUUUUCUGCUGAUGACAUCACCAAAAUAAAGAACUUUGGAAAACAGAAAAACAAAGAUGUGUUUGAAGCCUUGAGCCGGUCACUAGCGCCCUCUAUCCACGGCCACCAUUACAUCAAGAAAGCUAUACUCUGUAUGCUCCUGGGAGGCAAUGAGAAGGUGCUGCCGAAUGGAACCAGACUUAGAGGUGAUAUCAAUAUUUUGCUGAUUGGAGACCCGUCAGUAGCAAAGUCUCAGAUGUUACGGUAUGUUCUCCACACUGCGCCGAGGGCGAUCGCAACCACCGGUCGAGGGUCAUCUGGGGUCGGUCUCACUGCGGCUGUCACAACUGACCAAGAAACAGGUGAACGGAGACUGGAAGCGGGAGCCAUGGUUCUGGCUGAUCGCGGCAUCGUGUGUAUCGACGAGUUCGACAAGAUGUCUGACAUGGACAGGACCGCUAUACAUGAGGUCAUGGAACAGGGGCGGGUAACUAUCGCUAAAGCGGGAAUCCAUGCCAAGUUGAAUGCCAGAUGCUGUGUGUUGGCUGCUGCCAAUCCUGUAUACGGUCGGUAUGACCAGUACAAGACUCCGAUGGAAAACAUUGGUCUACAAGAUUCCCUGCUUUCCCGUUUCGAUCUUCUCUUUAUCGUUUUAGACACAGUUGAUCCCGACAGUGACCGUCAAAUUUCCGACCAUGUGUUGAGGAUGCACCGUUACCGCAGCAACAAGGAGGAGGAUGGAGAUGUGUUGCCAAUGGGAAGUUCUGUUAACAUGCUGGCGACACAAGACCCAGAUAAAGAACAAGAUGAAAACGAGGAGACGCCCAUGUACGAGAAAUAUGACCACUUGUUGCACGGCUCGUCGAGAAGCAAAAAAGAUAAGAUCGUGAGUAUGCAGUUUAUGAGGAAGUACAUCCAUGUGGCGAAGGCUCUCAAACCGACCCUGACGCGUGAAGCAUCCGACGUGCUGGCGGAGGAAUACGCAAAGUUGCGCAGUCAGGAUAUCUUACAGCAGGACAACAUGUUCAGGACACAACCUGUGACAGCGCGAACACUGGAGACCAUGAUCCGUCUGUCAACGUCCCAUGCGAAGGCGAGGCUGUCGAAGACUGUCGAACUACAGGACGCACAGGCUGCAGUGGAGCUCAUCCAGUUUGCCUACUUUAAGAAAGUGCUAGAGAAGGAACGGAAGCGAAAGAAGCAGGAUGUUGACAGUGGUGAGGAGAGUAGUCAGGGGGAGGAAGCCGAGGAAAAAUCGGCAAAGAAGAAAACGAAGAAGGUUCGUAAAGCGCGCGAGCGUCGUCCGGCCAAGAAGGAAGGAGAGGAAGGUUACGACCCGUACGACUUCUCCGAGGACGAGGCCAGUCAGAGUGAAGAAGAAUCCACCGAAAAACCAGAAAAGACAAAGCGUACAUCUCGCCAGGCUGCUGAUAAAACUGCUGCCAUGGAAACCGAAGAUUCUACAUCAAUUUCUGAAGACAGGCUGAAAGUUUUCCGAGCAUCGUUGUUCAAUCUCUUCAAAGCAGAGCACGCUCAGUCUGUACAGCUCAGCAAGAUCAAACCAUUCGUGAACAAAGAACAACCUGAGAAGGAGUUUGACGAUGAUGAAAUCAUUCUCGCAAUCGAAAGUAUGAUGGAUGUCAACCAAGUGAUGCUAUCGGACGACAUCGUGUUCCUCAUCUAACUCGGGUCUGCUCUGUGCUUGUAAAACAUUUGAUACGUCGUAAUGGCAGGGGACAAUAUUGGAUAACUAAAACUAGGGCUUGAACUUAAAGAUUUGUCUCCCCCUUCAAUUUUUUAAAGAAUUGUCAUAGGUGUAAUAGUCCAACAAAGGCAAUUUUGAUCCUGCCUAUUGCAAUUGUUUUAAAGUUACAUUUGCAGCAAAUAAACAUGAAUGAAAGGUUAUUUUGCUGUAUGUAGACAUAUUUCAAAUGUGCAAAUGUUAAAUAUUGGCCGAUAAUGUACACCAUACAAUUUGUAUGUG